AUGGAAGCGUUCCAGCAUCAGCUAUUCACUCUUACUGGGGGCCUGAUCUGUUUCUAUGUUCUGGUAAAAUGCAUCAGAUUUAUGAAAUACAUUUUCCCACACACAUGGAGUGCUGUGCCUCAGACUUUCUUUCGGUCGAUGGGAGAAUGGGCAGUGGUCACAGGAGCAGGAGAAGGGCUUGGAAGAGCAUAUUCCUUUGAGCUGGCAAAACGUGGAUUAAAUGUAGUUAUGAUAAGCAGAACUCUUGAAAAACUACAGAGAUCAGCCAUUGAAGUUGAGCAAACCACAGGUCAAAAGGUGAAGAUUAUACAAGCUGAUUUCACAAAAAAUUCAGUAUAUGAGAACAUUGAAAAAAACCUGCAAGGCUUGGAUAUUGGUGUUCUGGUUAACAAUGUUGGAAUGCUUCAUAAUCCUCUUCCAUGCCGUUUCCUUAAUGGAUCAGACAUAGAUGAGAGCCUUGUCAACUGCAACAUUAUUUCUGUUACAAAGAUGACAAAAAUGAUUUUGAAACAAAUGGAGUCGAGACGGAAAGGUCUUAUUCUGAAUCUGUCCUCUGGUCUGGGUACUUUCCCUUGUCCACUAUACACAAUGUACUCAGCUUCUAAGGCUUUUAUAAGCACUUUCUCCAAAGCACUACAAGCAGAAUAUAAGGCAAAGGGAAUUAUUAUACAGGUAGUGACUCCUUAUGGUGUUUCUACUCCAAUGACAAGGUACCAAAAACCUGAUUUUAUUACAAAGACAGCAGAAGAGUUUGUGAGUGAAUCACUGCAAUAUGUCACCUUUGGAGAUGAAGUUUUUGGAUGUUUAGCCCAUGAAGUGCUGGUAAUUGAAUUUGAUAGUGUGUAA